UGGCGGAGGAGUUCGUACUCCCGUCUCUCUCGGGACAAGGGAAUUGGUGCGGCGCGGCCGGCGGCGGUGACGGAGGGUUUUAUGCCAAUGGUUUUGGGUGAGCAACCAAGUGCGGAAUUGUGGGAUGCGUGUAAGAAGAAUGGAUAUGGUGAUGGAAAGCAGCAUCGGAUAAAUAGCCGGACUAGCUUGGCACAGCGAGACGAAGUGAUUAGAACUGUGUACGUCUCAGACAUCAAUCAUCAAUCAGGUCGUUGAUGUGUUCAAGGACUGUCUACUGUACAAAUAUUGACAAGAAGGUUUCUCAGGCAGAUCUUAAACUCUUCUUCGAAUCUAUUUGUGGAGAGGCUUACCGCGUAAGAGUGCUUGGCGAUUGUCAACAUUCGACGAGGAUUGCUUUUGUGGAGUUUGUGAUGGCUGAGAGUGCAACCGCUGCUCUGAACUGUAGCGGUGUGGUCUUAGGAUCCAUGCCGUUAAGGAUAAAGCCCUUAAAAGACUCCCCUCCCCGUGCGCCCGGGUUCACCUCAGUGUCCCAUGUGCUUUAAUCUUCGAGAGCUCCAGGAGGUGGCUGACAGCAGUGUAUAUCCACGCAUACAGAUAUUUAAGGUUUCUGGAACAUUGGGGCUUUGAUAUUUAUCCACGAUCAGGCACCAAGACCUUCAGAGUGUUUCUACGAAACAAAAUAUUCGGCCUGCCGAGGUCUUUCUUAGUUUCAGAUUGUAUCUUAUCAGAAGGGUGAGAGGUGUUUUUGUUAUUUAGUAUAUUUCCAUUACACUAAACUAUUAGCUACUGCAUCCAGGACUCUCACGAGCAGUUAUUUGAACUACGCCACUUUUCUGGAA